AUGACUGUACUCAAACAUUCUUCUAUAGGAGAAGCAUGCUUCAUUGCUGAGGGCAACGGCGAAGACCAAGAUGUCCCACCAAACAUGUGCUCAAAAUGUAACAUUGAGCUUAACUUCUCACAGGCUCAGCAGGUACUCACACAUUUUGCUAUGCACCUUCGUCAUGACCCAACAAUCAACAAGAAUGAAGAGACUUGUGGAACGUGCUUAUGGUCAUCAGCUCUUGGAAUCUGCGAGUACUGCCUCAAGAAAGGGAAAGGCGCCAAUGCCGGCUUCUCAAUCGACCUUGUGCAGACAACGUGUAUCAAUAAACUCACAUUUAGAUACCACAUUGCAGCUGAGUCAUCCGAAUCCUCGCCAAGUUUGAACGUCUCCCUCGAGUGUAAAAUCUGUGGCCCUACUCGACCUGCUGUGUGGCGAUACAGUAUGGAAGCCCAUUUCAAGCAUCAUCACCCGUUAAGCGCCUCCCUGCCAACCUAUUCGGCUGUAUGGACGCUCUCAAAUUUCGAAAAGAGUGUGAUUCAGGAACUUUGGAAGGUUCGGAAGACAGCAGCCUCGAAGAAAAAAGGGAAGGGAGCUCGUACCUCUCGUGGUCUCCAAAGCGCACAGUUCACGUCUUUCUUUUCGAGCGAGGGGGAGGAAGGGAGCGGAGAGGAGGUGGCGAACACGGUGGAAGUUGGAGAAGAGGAGGUUGUUCAAGAGGAGGAAGAAGAUAUGAUUGACGAGACCGAGACGGAUGACGGUGGUGGUCACAAGGGUGGCGCUAGUGGAGAGGACGACGAUGGGGGGAUCGUUGAGGGAGGAACUGAAGUGGAUAUGAAACGGGGUUCCCUAGGGAGCAUAGGUGGGGUUAGGAGGGUUGAGACUUCUCGACAAGUCGAGAGGGUUGGAAGUGAGCAUAACAUCGACAAUGAGAAUAACGAACAAGGUAUCAGAGGUGCCCACUCAAACGGUCAAGUGAUUCUUGCAUACAAUCAUCAACCUCAACUGGAUGAGGGCUUGAACCUCAGUACUACGCUCCAAAGCGAUACUGCACACCGUAAUUCAAUCAAUGCGUGUAACACGCAAGAGGAAGGACAUAUCUCACCUGGCCAACUGCCUAUGUGGUUCGAGGGAAGGCUGGGUGUGAGACCGAAUGGGAUGGAUAUGCAAGUCGUGCUCAACAGCCAAGACAACGCGCAAGAGGAGAUGCCAUUAGUUGGUACUGUGAUGAGCCUGGCAAGAAUUGAGGAGAGGCAGCUAAUCUUGAUUGUCCCGGAGUACGCGUUGUGUGCUGGUAUAUCGCGUCUCGAAACAAUUUGGCAUGAGAUCAAUUUGAAAUACUUCCCUUUUUGGAUGUGUGCCUGA